AACCUCUCAAUCCCCGGCGCUCACCGACACUACCCUUCCUUCGAAACCGCUCCGGGAUUCACGCGCUUGAAAAAGAACUUGAACAGUGGCCCGAGGAUUCCAACGGAGUUUGGUGAGAUCCUCUGACGAGUUGAAAGCAGUACGAUCUGCGUCUAGUGCACUGGGAAAUAGUGUAAAAAGACUUCAAAGCCUGAUAUUCACCAAGAGCUGACUGGGAGAGUAAAAGUAUCAUAUAUGUCGUUUGACGGUACCUGUCAAAAGAAUAUGGAAUCUGAAACUACAGAAACUGAAAAUAUGGAGACGGAAAACACAGAAUCUGAAAAUAUGGAAAUUGAGGCUAUUACUUCAGUUUCUGCUCUGCAAGCCCUCUCUAAACUACUCAAUACUGAAGAAGAGGAUCCUUUUGACUUUGAACAGUCAAAUUGUUCAUCUACUGUUGGAGCCAUGGGUCCUGGGAAUAUUGGACCACCGAAAGUAGAAAGCCUCAAAGUUAUCCCUCAAACUAUUGAUGAAAACGAGGACAUCUGGAAUCCAGAAGAAGUUCCAGAAGGAGCAGAGCAUGAUGACAUGUGUGAUGACAGAGAAAUCCCAGAAUAUGAGAUUAUAUUCAAACAGCAGGUGGGCACUGAAGAUAUAUUCCUAGGACUUACAGGAAUGGACCCUUCAACUGCAUGUUGUAAAGAUCUAGUGGUUAAAAUUAAACUGCCAAAUACAAAUUAUUCUGAAAUUAAAGUUGAUGUCCAGGAAAUGAUCCUUGACCUUCGUACUCCUAAUAAGAAGCUGUUGAUAACCCUUCCCCACCCUGUGGAAAGCAACAGUGCCAGAGCAUUGUAUAUCUCAGAAACUGAAACCCUCGAAGUCACCUUAACUUUGAAAAGAGAGCUGGAUUUUAAUUUUGUCUGAAACUACGUGAACAAGGAGAAAAAGUGGUAA